CGUAUUUAUCAAAAAUGGCGGAUCAAGUGUUAAGAGAGCUGGAGGCUGCUGCACAAAUUAUUUUAGCGCCUCCAAAUCUUGUCACAGCCGAACAAAGGCAAUCUGCGGAAGCUGUAUUUUUAAAUUUCCGUAAAACAAAGUCUCCCUAUCAGCUAUGUCGUCAAAUUUUGGAAGUAAGCACAAUCGACUACGUUCUCUUUGAAUCGGCUGGUGUAAUUAAAGCAGCAUUGAUUAGAGAAUGGUCAAUGUUGCCGGCAGAAGAUGUUGUCUCCUUGAGGCAAUAUCUUUUGCAUUAUAUCAUCAGCAAACCCACAUUAGCGCCAUUCGUCCGAGAACGAAUAUUGCAAGUGAUAGCAAUCAUGGUGAAAAGGGGAAGCGUUGAGGAUUUGGGAGAAGAGAGACGGCACAUUUUAAAUGAAGUCGAGGGUCUUAUCAUGAGUGGUGAUAUGCCCAGGCAACUCCUGGGAUGCAGCAUAAUUUCUGCACUCAUGCAAGAAUAUGCGACGACUGUUAAAUCCUCCGACGUCGGAUUAACGUGGGAGACGCAUUUCAAAGCAAAGAAACAGUUUGAGGUAACGGAUUUAAAAAAGAUAUUUAAGUUUUGUGUCGGAGCAUUGGGAGAAUUGACUAAAGGCGACAUAACCGAGGCGACAUUGCCACUCAUCAAGCAUUUGUUAUCCAUCUCGGAAAACGUUCUUGUCUGGGGAUUCAUAUACGCAAACUUGCCAAAAAGAUUGAUAGGAGUUUUCGAAGCUGUUUACGAAUCAGACAACAGUCCAGCUCUGCGACUGAAUCCCAUCUGGAAAGACGUGAUUCUCGAUCCAGCAGUUUUGGAAUUAUUCUUCACUCUCUACUGGAAAGUGCGAACCAAUCCCCAACUCGCGCAUCAUGCCAGGAACUGUCUAGUUCAGUUGGGAAGUUUGAACGGAGGCGUUGUUUUGUCUGGAGAAGUGAAACUGCAAUAUCUGACGGCCUACAUGCAAAGUUUUUUGAAGCUCCUCUCAAACAUCGAAAUCAUUGAUCAGGAGGCCCUUGGGAUUGCGAGCAUCAUGAGGAAAAUUAUCACUUUCUUCAGAGCAACUUUAACCAACUUACCGGAGAAUCUGCUCAGAUCAUUCAUGGAACAAAUGACGAGAUUAACCUGUCUUUUUGCCGAGGGUGCUGCUCAAGAAGAAUCCCUGUGCGCGGAUGAUUGCUUGUACAUGGAGGCCUUCGAGAGGAUGCUGGAGACCUGGGUGUCGAUUUUGGCCGAGGUUUACUUAUUCCCACCGGAAUUUUGUAAGCAUAGCUCGGUGCAAAUAUUUAAUACCUACCUCCUCUGCCAUUUGUCGCCACCGGACGGAAAAAGAGGAGCUGGUGGGAAGGAGCUGAACAACGAGGAAAUUGAUGCGAGCGAGGAGGACGAUAGGAACAAAUUUAAAGAACAGUUGCAAACUAUAGGAAGCUUCGGGAGACAAGUUCCGGGUCAUGCUUUGCCUCUUUUGGCUCGACUUCUCGAAGAUCGAACGAGCAAAUUGCGAGCUCAGCUCAGCAGUAUAAUGAGUCAACCCGAGACUCUAAAAAUAUCGGGCAGCAUGUCUCUCGAGAGCUUGUACGAGGAUUUGCACUGGAUAAUUCUCCUUGCUGGUCAUGUUCUCUGCAUGGAGUCUGAGGGCGAAGUGGCCUUAAUUCCCUCCGAAAUUGUGCGAUACAGCAUGGAACAGCUGCAGAAUGGACAAGUUGACGUGAACACAACUCUGCAGCUUUUGGCGUCACCGCAGAGCAAUCUUUCAGAUGUAAACGGAGCCGAACAAUCGGCCGAUCACGUUAUUAGAUUGACUGCUGCUGUUUUCCGUCUGAGUGAAAUUGAGAAAAUAGCUAUAAAGGCUAAUGCUGCUCAUAUUUUGAGUCCAGAAUUGAGCAGCACAAUUAUGUGGUUUCUGCACAGAUGGUCCUUGAGUUACCUGAUGCCUCAGGAAAAUUACUAUUCGGAGAUAAGCACAACUCUGCUGCAAGCUUUCGGCGAAGACAGUCCCGGUGCUUUGUGGACAAUGAACUUUUUGCUCGAAAAAAUUCAGUAUAAUAUUGACGCUUUCAAAGGAGAACAGACCUUGAUUAAGGAAACUAUUCAACUCUUGAUUACGCUGGUUGAAUCGCAGAUGAAAGCUGCUUGUUUAUUAAAAUCGGAACACUUUGCCCGAUUGGUUGACUUGGCGACGAAAGCGCAUUUUGAUUUGCCGCAGAUUGCAAAACGAGGUCUGAUGAAGGCAGUUGUCCAGGUUGGAGCUUCGAUUCAAGACUCGAAUAGUCAACAGUACUGGUCGCAAACUCUACAACCAUUGCAAAAUAGAUUCAAGGAAAUGGUUUCCAGCGAAUCGUUUUCGAGGACGUAUCACCAAGAGGACGUCAAGGUUCAAAUUAUAGACGUUCUUGAAUCUUUUGUUGGAGUAGUUCAAGGUGUUCAGGGUUCAACAGUGGGUUCCGUAUUCCAAUAUACGAGUCUCGUCUUAAACGAACUUCCCCAAUUGCUCUCUUUGUAUCAUAAUUACCAGCAAAUGGUCCAACUAAUUUUGGAAUUAUUUUGUGAGUGCUCGAGAGGAAUGUUGUGUUAUUUACCCGAGACGGAUAGUGUGCGAAUGUUUGAAGUAUGUUUACACACGGUGCAGACUUAUGCUCGUUGUAAUAGUAACCGUUUAACUGUGGACACGACAGCCGAGGAAGAUGCAUUUCAAGAUAUUUUAUUGCUCAUGCAGCUUUUGACAAAUUUACUGAGCAAAGACAUAUUUGACUUGAGUCACUCGGAUCCGAAUUCUAGCGGAGAUCAGUCAGUUACUCCAGCAAAUGUAUUUUUAUAUGGUUUGAAUAUUGUGAUGCCAAUGAUGACAAUCGAUUUACUCAAGUUCCCCUCCCUCUGUUUACAGUAUUUCAAAAUGAUAACCUUUGUUUCCGAAAUUUACCCCGAUAAAGUUUGCAGUUUACCGGCAGAUUUGCUGCAACAAUUGCUAGUCUCAGUGGAAUUGGGUUUAUUUUCCUUCGGACACGAGAUCACUAUUUUGUGCUGUGAUAUCAUACAAGUUAUGGCCAAACAUAUUUAUACUGAGGUCGAGCAAGGACGACCGAGAAAUCAACUAAUGGCCCCAUUCAUGAAUCUCCUAAUGAACCUCAUUCUCUCUCAUCAAAUAAAUUCGGACCUCAUAUCCCACACUAGCAUACCACUUUAUUAUUUAAUCUGCUGCUAUCAAGAGCAGUAUCAGCAGCUUGUACAAAGUCUUCUGGCAUCACAGACAGAUUCACAAGUGGCUGAGAGACUUGCGGCAGCUUUUACCGAAUUGACUUCGAAUAUAGAGUUAAAUACCGAACGUGUUCAAAGGCUCAGGUUUAGGGACAAUUUCGACAAGUUUAUUGUCAACGUUCAAGGAUUUUUAAUGAUCAAGUGAGGUACUUAGUCUUCCUUUCUUUCUUUUUUUUUUCUUUUUUUUUCUAAUGUGUAAAAGACUUUUUUUCGCCCAAGAAGGGGAAAUUACAAUGUAAAGAACGAGCUUUCAGAACUCUUUACGUACACGCUUUCCGAUAUUUUUUCUACAAAACGUACAAGAAAAAGCUGAAGCCAAACAGAUUAUUCUUCCAGUCGUCGAGUCUUGAUUCUACUGCAACAAUAUUCUCUGAAGAAUAUUUUUUUAUUCUUGUCGAUUUUCGAGAAUAUUUUUUUUUUGGGGAACGCGCUCGAUGACAGAAUUUCUUUGAAAAUUCUUGCAAUUUUUGAGAGCCUCUUGUCCGAAAAAUGCAUCAAAGUUCCGUGAGAAAUGCGUACACGUACUCGAAUAUUUUUGUCGAACGUCCGUGGAAAUUGGUGCGCUUUUUUAGGAAUGAAAUUGUCAUAAUUGGAUUUAUAAAUAUGAGAUACCAGUAUUUGUUUGGCGAUUCAACAGAUCCAGUUAAGUAGUCGCGAUAUUUGUGCUUCGCAUUAAUUGAUCUCGCACAUCGCUAGAAACUGUAAAUCGCAGUUUGUUGCUAUAAUUUAAGACAGUUGCUAGAAAAAUCGUUCGUAUGAUAUUUAAACUUGUAAUCGUACGAAGGCUGUGCUUUCGUAUUGUGCUCUUUUUUAAUUAUGUAUUGACACUUUCGACAUGAUAAUUAAUAAUUAUGUCACAAAUACGCAUGUCAAGUUUACGUUGACAAUUUGCUCAUCUCCAGGGUGUCUACCGAGAUCGAGAAAUUGGGAGAAAGGGGAAUUUUAUUCAACGGAAAAUUACCGGAAAUAUGAUUCAGUAAUCGGGUUUUUGUUUUGAAUAGACUAAUAUGCAAGUUUAAAAUUUCAUAUAUUUUGUCACCCUAAUUCUAAGUUGGAACGGGGAAAUUUUUGAAAAUAUCGUAAUUCUUACUUGGAAUUUUCCAAAAGAAUUAGUAGUCAAGAAUUAUAAUUUUCAUUUUAGGUUCAAUUUAGAACACGACAUUUCGUUUUGAAAUAUAUUUUUUAUUUUGGAACAGGGAAUAGGUAAGUUUUGGGAUAAAUAAUUCGUUCUAAAUCAGAAUUUCUUGAAUUUUAACAAUUUUUUUUGCAAUUACAAAUUUCAAAAAAAAAGGAGUUCCUAUAUUUCUGAAUCAUGAUAGAAAAUGUUUUCGAUAAAUAUAAUUCUGACUUGGAAUAUUUCUAUCAUUUAUUCCCUGUCCCAACUCAGAAUUAUAAAUCUUUCAGAAAAUUAGAAUUCUUUAUGAAAAUGUUCUGUUCCAAGUCAGAGUUACAUUUAUUUAAAACAUUUUCUAUUAUCAUCAAGAAAUAUAUGUAACUCUUUUUCCAAAAUUUCG